GCAGUUCAUCAUCCUACCGCUGGAGGCGCUGCAGCACAAGCGCGCACCCGACGCGCGCGCGCGCGCUCUCGUCCUCUCGGCAUUCCACAGCUGACAGACUCUGAGGGAUGAGAGAGGGAAGAUGCUAAGGAAAUGUUUUCCUUCACCGCAGAAAACAGGCGCCCAAAAACCGCAGAAUGUGACUGAACCACCGCAGACGAGCACCGUCAACCAGAUGAUGUCAGUCGACUGGAAUGGACCGAUUAUGGCCCAAAGUAAUUAAAAUGGCACAUUUUGUGAAAUAGAAAUCUACAUCUCCUGACUGGAUCCCUAACGAAACCUUCUGGAGAUCAAUAUAUUGACCUUUUGACCUUUAGACCGGACGCCGGCUGUCAAUAUGUUGGGUUAAGAAUGUGUGAAGUCGUCAGUCUUUGACACCGCAGUGAGCGUUUCCUUCAAGACCCAUCUUUCGUAUUCUUGGACUGUUAAAGAAGCUUCGGUCGGCAUGUUUACGGCUCUGAAGAAGCUGGUGGGCUCCGAAGCCGUGCAGCUCAGGGAUAGAAACAUUCCUGCAGGCCUGCAAUCCAUGAACCAGAGUCUACAGAGACGCUUCGCCAAGGGUGUGCAAUAUAACAUGAAAAUAGUCAUCCGUGGGGACAGGAACUCUGGGAAAAGUGCACUUUGGCACCGACUUCAAGGGAAAAAGUUUCUGGAGGAGUACAUUCCCACACAGGAGAUCCAGGUCACCAGCAUUCACUGGAACUACAAAACAACAGAUGAUGUAGUGAAAGUUGAAGUCUGGGACGUGGUGGAUAAAGCAGGGAAAGGCAAAAGACGCGGGGAAAAUCUGAAACUGGAAAACGAACCGCAGGAGUCUGAAACAGAGAUGGCUCUUGACGCAGAGUUUCUGGAUGUCUAUAAGAACUGUAAUGGCGUGAUUAUGAUGUUCGACAUCACCAAACAGUGGACAUUUAAUUACAUUCUUAGGGAGCUGCCAAAAGUGCCAACGCACAUCCCAGUGUGUGUCCUGGGUAACCAACGGGACAUGGGCGAGCACAGGGUCAUCCUACCUGAUGACAUCAGAGACUUCAUCAACAGUCUGAACAGACCUCCAGGCUCCUCCUACAUCCACUAUGCCGAGUCCUCCAUGAAAAACGGCUUUGGUCUCAAAUACCUCCAUCGCUUCUUCAACAUCCCGUUCCUGCAGCUACAGAGGGAGACUCUGUUACGGCAACUGGAGACAAAUCAGCUUGACAUCGAUGCCACGCUGGAGGAGCUCAGUGUUCAGCAGGAGACAGAGGACCAGAACUAUGACAUAUUUCUUGAGAUGAUGGAAGCACGCAAAGCUUACGGCUCUCCGGCGCCCUCUAAUGGCCAGAGCCCGUCAUCUGGCUCCCAGUCUCCUGUGGUUCUUCCUGGAGCCGCUUCUCCCAGUAACUCUAGCCCCAGCACCCCACAGGCUCCUGUCCCACUUCAGACACCUGCCCCACCACCUCCUCCAUCUAUACCACACCCUACAGCCCAGACCACAGCCACACAAGUCCACCAGACACCAUCACAAACCUUAGAGGCUUCACCCGCCACACCGACACCUGCUCCUGCCCAACUUGCAGCUCCUGCUGCACAGAAAAGAGGAUUCAUCUCACGUUUGUUUGGAUCGUCCGCUGCUGAGACUUCACCAGACAAACCAGAGUCUACAGGCUCUGAAAGCGUAAAGGCCUCUGGAAAGGUGCAGAGUGUGGAUGAAUUUGUGCCGGAGGUGGGAUUGGACCGAACCUUUCUGGAUGACGGUGGAGCAGCAGCAGCAGCAGCGGCUAAAUCAAAGAACAAACCUCCAGCCUCAGCUCCCAUCCUGGACAGUGACAGUGAUGGAGAGGGACGGGGAAAUCCUCUGGUCUCCGGCUUCCAGGAUGAUUUAGAUCCAGAUGACAGAGUGCCGAGUCAGCCUGCAGUUAAAGCAGUGGUGCCGAGCAAAGACAUCACACUGACCAGUGAUGAAGAAGCGGAAGAUUCACCUGUUCACCAGCAAAAAGCCAUCAGCAGCUCAGGACCAAACACAAAGGGAUCUUCACUGAACUCUGUCAAACAGCUGCAAACAAAGUCAAAGGCAGCUGAAAGGCCCCAAAGCCUGAAGACCACAGCGGGAUCUGCAGUGCAGAGAGCCAGCCUGAAGACAGGAGGCACUGUUGAGGCAGACUCCGAUUCAGACCGAGAGGCUCCAGUCGCUCAGCAGAUGCUUUCAUUUGUCAUGGACGACCCGGAUUUUGAGAGCGAAGAGAUUGAUAUUCCCAAAGUCAAGAAGGGGGCUUUUUCUGCUCGAGAUGACUUUUCUGACCGCUCGGAUGAUGGUUUUGUGUUAGCUGGACUCCCAGAGCUUCCCAAACCUGUUGCGCCGUCAUUUCAGACCCUUAAUAGUGACAUUGACCUGUUCGGCUUGGGGUUUGAAGAGGCGACACCUAAAACUAAAGAAAGCAGUGAAGAUCAGGAAGAUAAUGACAGCAGACACUCCACUAAGGACAAGAAAAAGAAGAAAAAGAAAAGCAAAGAAGAGGAUGAGAAAAGCAGCAAAAAACGACACAAGCACAAGAAAAAGGAAAAAGAGGAGCCCGGAACGGGAGAUGAGAAAGACAAGAAGAAGAAGAAGAAAUCCUCCAGGACCAAGAAAGCAGCAAAUGUGGAUGAUCUUGAGGCUUUCCUGGCGGGAGGAGACGGACCCGGAAACAGUGAGGGCGGAGACUAUGAAGAACUCUAACCAAUCAGGAUUCGACACCAUGUGACAUCAUCGCCAGGUCAUUUUCCAAUCCAUUCCACCUGUUUUCUCAGUGCCUAACCUUUUGGAUCUCCACAGCGUUUGUUUGUUCUUCCAGCGUCGCAGCUUUACGUCGUGCUUUCUCAAAAUUGCUACAUCACACAAUUUUCCAAAGUUAUUCAUACUUUCAGACUUUUAGAUGCGUCAGAUUUCACACACAUGAUCAAGAGAUAUUCCGUUAUUAACUGAUUAAAAAGUCAUUCCAGCAAAACUAUAGUGUUCAACAAAGACUUGAGGACUUGUUUAAGCUUUAUUGGGGUUUUUUUGUGUGUUAUGUGUGUUUGUGUCCUAUAUGUGUGUCCUUGAAGACUUUUACAACCCUGUGUGUAUUUGUGUGUUCUUAGCAAACAAAUGGAGAACUUUAUCCACAUGCACUACACAAGCAGAUUGAAUUUCAGUAAUGCAUAAAAAAAAAUGGCUUGCGCUUCAUUG